AAAGCCUGAGUCAGCACCUGGAGUACCUGAAGCUCUCUGGAGAUGACACAGAAGAUGAAGAUCAAAUCCUUGAAAGUCUGAAUGGAAUUCUCCUAGCUCUUACUGAAGAUAAGCAGAGAUCCUUCACCCUACUCAGAGAGAGUGGGAUCUUCCUAACUUUGGCAAAAAUCCUGAAGGGCAAUCCACGAUGUGCAGUAAAAGCAGCCCAGGUGCUUUCAGAGAUAGCUAAGAAUGAGGAAAUGAAGAAACCAUGUAUUGAAGCAGAUUUGGUUCUAACUUUGAUACCUUUGCUGGAGAGCACAGACCAAGAAAUGUUGCUUCAUGCUGGGAGGGCUAUUGGCCGUAUCUGUUAUGACAAUCGGGAUCUUCAGGAAGAGCUGGUGAAGGUAGGAGUAAUCACAUCACUAGUACGAAUAUUAACGGAUUAUGCAGAGAGCGAACCACUUGUCCAUGUUGAUCUAUUGGCCUUAUGCAAUCUUGCAGAUCUUGAUACAGCCAAGGAAGCUCUAAGCAAGACACAGGUUGCUGAACAGAUGGUGAAACAACUGAGAAGAGCAGAGAACCAUGAGAGGUUAGAAAUUGUCUUUGAGGUCCUGCAAGCACUUGCAGAAAAUGAUGCUCUGAAAGUGCAGUUGGUGGAGGCAGGUGUGCAAGAGGUGCUGUCCGAGAUCCUGCUGAGGCUCCAGGGUAGUUCACAAGCUGAAGAUACAUGCAUUGUGAAGGCUGCAUCAGAUCUCAUUGUCUCUCUGCUUCUUGGAGACAAGUACACGCAGAAGUUUUUUGCUAAGGGAUGUGGCAUCUCCCAGAACAUUGGUACUUGCAUCACAUCCAAAUAUAUGCAGCUGCAGACAGGAGCAACGGCUGUUGCUAAUUUUACCAAAAAUGAUGGCAACUGUGUACGAAUGAUACAGCUAGGAGUCAUACAUCAGCUUCUGGAUCUCUUGGAGAAACACGUAGAGAGUGAGGACAUAUCUGUUCAACACGCUGCACUCAGUGCACUUCGAAACCUUGCUAUACCAGUUGUUAACAAGAUUCAAGUGCUGGAGGAAGGUGUGGCAGAACGGAUUCAGGCUCUUCUAAGGUCAGAGAUGCCUCCCGUGCAGUUUAAACUUCUUGGAACACUACGGAUGUUAGCAGAUGGUCAAGCUGAUGCGGCUGAAAUCCUGGGCCAAGACCCCAUGCUGCUGAACAGACUAGUGCAGUGGUGCGACGCUAACGACCACACCAGUGCUUGCGGAGAAGCAAAUCGGCUGCUAGCAUCAAUCUUGCGUCACAACAGGUCCCAAGAAGUGGUCAAAGCCAUCCAGGAGGCACAAGGAGUGAAACAUCUGGUUUCCAUGACAACGAGCAAACAUGCUGCCGUGCAGAAUGAGGCUCUGAAUGCCUUGGCAAUAGCAUCUGCAAUCGAUUUAGAAACCCUUGAAGAAUCUUUUAAGGAAUCACAGCUAGUUCAAAGCUUACACAAACUUCUACAAGAUGACAAUACAAGUCCUGAGGUGAAAUAUAAUUCAAUGGGUCUUUUGUGCAGUCUUCUUAAUUCAGGUGACCUGAGGCAAGAAAUAGAAGAGGACAAGAUUAAAGAAACCCUCAAACAACUCUGCAGCCACAGCAAUGCAAACUUGGUCAAGCAAGCUGCCACAGCUUUACAGGUUUUGGAAGGAGAGACAUCCCACUAG